AUGCGCUGGCGCCAGCUGCGCCUGCUGCUCUGGAAGAGCGUCUACCUGUACAGACUUCGGCGCAAUUGGGCCAUCACGGCGCUGGAGGUGCUGACGCCGCUGCUGCUAACGGUGGUGCAGAACUACUUGCGCUGCAACGGCUACAGCGUUGGCGACACGCCGCUGCCCAUACCCACUAUUGGCACCACGUUCGCUGGCAGCGACACCGACGCGCCCAGCGUGGUCAGGCCUUCGAUCAACUUCCCUUCCUCCAUUGGCUUCGUUCCGGCGCCAGGCAACGUUACCGGCGAGGAAGUGCUGCGCCAGGCCUUUCCCGCCGUCAAGUUGGAGCCGUUCCCCAACGAGUCUGAGAUGGUGGCCAAGCUGUCCGUACGCACCAACGCGGUGGGCCUUGCCAACAACUACGGCGUUGUGUUUGAACGGGCUGAGCAAGGCGUGCUCAGCUACACGCUGCGAUUCCCAUCGUGGCAGGAAUUCUACACCAGGCAGACGUUUGUGGGCAACGCCCAGAAACAGCCACCCUUUUGGAUGAACGGCAUCCUGCUGCCCAUGGUGUCCGGGUUGAACCUGGCCGUCGCGCGUUCCGAGGCCGCGCGCCUGAACAACCCGCUGCCGCCGGUGUACUUCCAGACGCGUCGCUUUCCGGCGCCCAAGGCCAAGGGCUGGGGCGGUGGCGCGCGUCGCAUCGCCGACCUCUGCGUCGUGUACGGCUUCAUCGUGAUCGCGCCCGUCGCCGUCAAGCGCAUCGCCGACGAGAAGUCCGUCGGCAUGAAGGUAGUGACGCGGCGGCUGCGGCUGACUCCCAACGUCACGCAACUGUGCUCGCUCCUUCGCACGCAGGAGCUGCUGCACAUCGCGGGCGUGUCGGACGCUGUGUACUGGCUUUCGGCGUACCUGAGCGGCUUGCUGGUCAUGGCGGUGGUGGCGGUGCUCAUGACGGCGCUCAUGAAGCUGCCGCUGUUCUGCGCUCCAGCGCUGCUGCCGCAGAGCGACUUCACGCUGGUGCUCGCCAUGAUCAUUCUGUACGCCGUCUACUGCGACCUCUUCUGCCUGCUCAUCAGCUGCGUCGUCAAGACACCGGUGUACGCCGUGUUCGCUACCGUGUGCCUGUGGACGCUGACGUACGAGGUGCCGGUGUUCUUCAUGGACGUGCCAGGGUCGGCCGAGUACGUGGACCUCUCGCUCAUGCAGAAGAUCCACAGCUCCAUUUUCCCGAACAUGGCCGCGCACUGGAUAUUCCGCAUCAUCUCCCUGCACGAAGAGAACAACGACGGGGCGCAUUGGAGCAACUUCCGCGUUCCCGGCUCGCCGUACGAUAACGUGACUCUGUUCGGCAUGACACUGGUUGUGUGCUGCUAUUGCAUCGUCUACGCCAUGUUCAUCUGGUACCUGGAUAACGUCUGGCCCUGGCAGUACGGAAUCCCCAAGGACCCACUGUUCUUCACCAAGCUGCUACUUGCGUUUAGCUCACACGCCAGAGUUGUUGGCUUCUCGCAGAGGAGUUACUGGUUCUACAGUCGCCGCAAACAAGUGACCGUCAGCGAGUCGACGACGGACUCUAUGGAGCCCGACGCGCCCAUAGAGGGUGUCGGGGAUCGUACGAAUCCAGGCAUUGUGCUCAAUGACGUCACCAAGAUGUACCACAACCAGACGGUUGCCGUGCGUCACGUGAGCCUGAAGGCGUACCCGGGUGACGUGACCGUGCUGCUGGGCCGCAACGGGGCGGGAAAGACCACGCUGCUGCGCCUCAUCACGGGCCUCGAGCAGGCGACCGAGGGCUGCGUCUACGUGGCCGGCUUCGACGUCGCACUCGAGACGGACUCCGCGCGCCGUUCCAUGGGAUUCUGCCCGCAGGAGAACGUGCUCUUCCUCGGCCUCACCGUGCUCGAGCACCUGCAGUUCUUCGCCAGGAUCCGCAGCGACAGCUGGGCGACGGGUGACGAGGCGAUCGAGGAGAUACUGGAGGCGUUCAACCUGGCCGAGAAGCGCGACGCCCUGGCCAGCUCCCUGUCGUGGGGCACCAUGCGAAAGCUGCAGCUCGGCGUCGCCAUCGUCGGAAGCCCUUUGAUCGUGGUUCUGGACGAGCCCACGGCGGGUGCGGACCCCGAGUGCAAGGGUGCACUGUGGGAAUGCGUUCUGCGCUUCCACGAGGACAAGACGAUGCUGCUGACUACGCACAGCAUGGAGGAGGCCGACACCCUGGGCGACCGCAUCGCCGUCCUCUCCUCCGGAAGGCUGCGCUGCUGCGGCUCGCCGCUCUUCCUGCGCACCACCUACGGUACGGGCUACUGGAUCCGGGCCGGCAUGAAGAACUUCAGCCCGGCGCGCGCUCUUGCCGACCUAGUGCGGCGUUACGUUCCCCGGGCUCAAAUAAAGGCCGACGACCAUCAGACGCUCAACGCGAACGUGGGAGAUCCUGGCGUCAACACGCUCAUUCAGCUUCUCCGCGAACUAGAGGAGAAUCGUCACACGUACCUGCUCGACUCGGUGUCGGUGUUCGUGGCGGCGCUCGAAGACGUGCUUCGCUGCGUGGACCGCGAUCCGAGCGAGAGCGAGGACGAAGGCAUGCCCGAGCUCCCCGACUGCCCGUGCGCCCUGGUCGACGCCAACAAGGUGGCCGCCGGUGGCAUCAACCCGAGCGGUCAGCAGCGUCUCUUCGCCCUCGUCGUCAAGAGGCUGCAGUACGGCCGACGAGACUUCAGGCUGCCCAUGCUGAUGCUCCUGCUGCCGCUCUCGGUCAUCUUCCUCUUCGUGUUCAUGAACCAAAAGCACAUCUCGAGGAAGCUCAUAUACUCCGGUGCGGUCGAGUACUCCCUGCGCAAGAUCUUUGGUCGCACAGUUGCCUUCUACACGGCUGACGAGAGCACGAACAACUUGGGCACCGGAAGAUACGCGAGGUACGAAGAGACGCUGAUGUACCUGCACGACGACGAAGGCGCCAAGGUGCGGCGGCUGAAGUAUGGCGAGCCUUGGGAGUGGUUGCAAGACCAGGCGCUGGAGAACUACCAGCGCUACCGGCGGAGCUUCGUAGUGGGCGCCGGGUACCGGCUCACCACCAACUGGUCCACCGUGCCCGCGCAGGCCAUCGUGCGGGCGCCCUCGGCAAGCCUGAAAGAGGAGCAGCCAGUCAUCGAGGUGACCGCGUGGCACAGCGCGUACUCUCCCCACUCGGCCGUGGUGUCGCUGACGGCAGCCACGCGGGCUUUCCUGCCGGGCUGGAAGGUGCACGUCGUCAACCACCCACUGCCCAAGGAGCACCCGAGCCCCGAGCCGGACCCCAUGAUUGUGCUGGCCACGCGCAUCAUGUGCGGCGUCUUCAUUCCAGUCGGCCUCGCCUUCCUCGCCGCAACCUACGUCCUCUUUCCCAUACAGGAGCGUGUCCAGAACGUGAAGCUGCUGCAGCUUCUGGCCGGGGCGGGCGCUCUUCCUUUCUGGGUCUCGUCGUUCAUCGUGGACCUUGCGCUGCACGUGGUCUGCUCUCUCGUGCUGCUCUUGCCUCUGGCGCUGUUCGACUGGCACCGACUGUACUCGGACACCUACACGCUCGCUUCCGUCUAUACGAUAAUGCUGAGCUACGGGUGGGCCUCGAUACCGGUCGCCUACGUGGCAUCGUUGGUCUGCGACCAGCCGUCAACAGGAUACGUGGCCAUUGCCAGCGUCAGCAUCGUAGCUGGUAUCGUCCUGAACACGAGCAUGUCCCUGCUCUACCUGCUGCCUCAACUGACGGGACACUGGGAGAACAGCACGCAUGAGACGCCGUACCUGGACGGCGCCCUGUGGAUGUUCAGGACUAUUCCCAGCUUCGCGCUCACCUGGGGCAUUUCCAACUGUCUCCAGAUUGCGCAGGAGAGCGUGAUGUGCCGCUACAUGUCGACAUUCGACCGGCUGGUAUUUUGCCAGAACUUCGGGCUUGAAUCGAUACCGAACCACCUUAAUCGCUUCAUCGAAUGCUGCCCUGAAAAAUGCCGUGACUGCGCUCUGACCAAGGGCUGCCUGACGUGGGACAAGAUGAGCGGUGGCCGCGACGUGCUCCUCAUGCUGCUCGUGGGCAUCGCGCUGCUCGCCUUCGUCACGGCGCUUGACUCCGGCCUGGGAUACGUGGCUCGCACCCGGCGCCGGUCACGCGUGGCGCCCCCUUCCGAGCACCUGGGCGUCAUCGAAGAGCGGACGCGCGUGCGAAAGCUGAUUGCGGAUGGCCGUGUCGAGCAGGCUGCGCUCCUGGUGAGCAACCUGAGCAAGAGCUACGGCACCAUGGAGGCGGUGCACGGCCUGUCGUUCGCGCUCCGAAGGCACGAGUGCUUCGGCUUGCUGGGCAUGAACGGCGCGGGAAAGACCACUACGUUUCGCAUGCUCACUGGCGACCUGACGCCCACCGCUGGAAACGCGUUCAUCGGCGACGCCGACCUGGUGACCAAGAGAAACAAGUACCAGGCACGCAUUGGCUACUGCCCCCAGGCAGACGUGGCCCUUGAUCUGCUGACGGGCCGCGAAAUGCUGGCACUAUUUGCCAGACUACGCGGAAUUCGCGAGCAGAGCGUGCCGGACGUCAUCCACCAGACGCUGGAGUUCGUGGACAUGGCCGAGUACGCCGACUUCACCGUCGGCACGUACAGUGGCGGCACUCGGCGUAAGCUCUCGCUUGCCGUCGCGUUUGUGGGCAAUCCGAACGUGGUGCUGCUCGACGAGCCGACGGCUGCCGUAGACCCCCCGGCGAGAAGGCGCAUCUGGAGCAUACUGAUCGCCGCCAAGCAGCACCUCGAGCUCGCUAUCCUCCUAUCAUCGCACUGCAUGCGAGAGUGCGAGGCCCUGUGCUCCCGCGUGGGAAUUCUGUCCGACGGCCGGUUCGCCUGCCUCGGCUCCACGCAGCAGCUCAAGGAGAGCAUCGGACACGGGGCCACCGUGCUGGCGCGCAGCGCCUCGCCGGACCCUCAUCUCCUGCUCGAGGCCAUGGAGUCCCGCUUCCCAGGCUGUCGCCUGCGACGGCGUCAAGCCGGAGCGCUGCUUCGCUUCCACGUUCCGGCGCGGCCCUGGCACGAGCUUUUCACCGGCAUGGAAGAGCUGCGUGCCGAGAAGCUCAUCCACGAGUACCUAGUCAGCGACGUGAGCCUCACCGAGGUCUUCCGGCACUUCACGAAGCACAAGCGGACGCCCGCCCCAACGCCGUCAACUACGCCCGCACCUACGCCCGCAUUUACACCUGCACAUACGCCCACGUCUCCGCAGUGUCCUAGUCAGACCCAGGUCUAGGUGGCUCCUCGCCGACGAUGCAUGCCACAAGCGUCCACUGGAGGACACGCAGAGGCCAGUUGGCGAGGCUCGCGCUUUAAUGGGCGCAUAUUUAUCGAUUGAUUGAUAAUAAGUUUCUAAGCUGUCUUGAUCUGCGAGACACAAGAGUAAAUGGUUUGCGUAAAACUUCAUGCUUUAUUCUUUGCUAGUGGAAGUGAGACGCGGGGAGAAAGAGCGGCCUGCAAACGUCGGCGCAUUUUUCUUCGAAUUUUGUUUAAUAGGACGCU